GGAAAGCCGAGGCUCCAGUCUGAAGCUCAACUAAAGGAAAUAAGACAGGAAAGUAAGUACUAAAGGUGCUGGCUGGCGAAGAAGAGGGAUCAUUCUGCAUCAGCUUGCAAAUUUGCAUCUUCUCAUCAUCUGCACCAUGAAGUUGUUGGCUGUGUUCCUCCUGGUUUCCUCUGUGGUCGUUCAGGCCAGUGGUAACCCACGUAUUUGCUCGACCCAGACAUCCAUCACCUGUCCAUCUGGCUGGACACUGAUCAACAAUCGUUGCUUUCUCUAUGUUCCCAAAGUCAUGACUUGGGCGAAUGCAGAGAAAAACUGUCUGUCCUUGGAGGCAAACCUGGCAUCAGUUCACAACAAGACCGAGUACCAUCAGGUUAAGGCUCUGAUAGCUGCAGCAAGUGGUGAGUCCACUGAAGCMUGGAUUGGAGGCUCUGAUGGACAGCAGGAGAAGAUUUGGUUGUGGAGCGAUGGAAGUCUGAUGAUCUACACAGACUGGUGUCCAGGGCAGCCUGAUAAUUCGAAAGACAACCAGAACUGUUUAGUGAUGAACUGGUCAGACAACAAGUGCUGGGAUGACCACCUGUGUGAUGUGAGUCGGCCUUCUGUCUGCGUCAAGAAAUCCUGUCCAUUCUGAGGUUCCCAAAGAGGCCUAAUGUGUAAAACAGAACCAGUGGAGGAUGAAUGCUAGGAGUUUCUGUUUACCUGCCUUUUUGCACUUCAUAGAAAACCUAAAAGAUAUUUCUGCUUCUUUACUUCAUAUCAUUUCUCUCUUUAAUGCAACCUAAGGAAUGAAGCAACAAGUAAACAGCAGCUGGAUUGUCUCUCUGUAAUAAGAUCGACUGAAUGAGUUAUAGGAAAGAAUCAUCUUAGCAAAACUUUCUGCUGUUCUUUGGCUUAGCAAAAAUAAAACUUUGAGCAAUCAAAAC